AUGGCUCUUUCUUCAUCCACAACACCCAUUAUCACACCAAUCUUCUUGUUGAUGAUGUUGUUUCUUGGACUGUUCCCCCCAUUGGAUGCUGCUUCUCCCAGUGAUUUGGUGGGAUCAGCAUGCCUCAAAGUUUCUCCUUCAGAAUUCGUUGGUUCUGUUAGGGAAGUUAUUGCUGUUUUACGACAAGUUUCAUCCAUCUUGUCGCGUUUCAGCAGUGUCUUCGGUGACUUCCGUCUUUCACAUGCCGUUUCUGAUUGCCUCGAUUUGCUUGACAUGUCCUCUGAUGAACUCACCUGGUCUGUCUCCGCAACUCAAACUCCCAAAGGCAAGCAUAAUAGUACUGGGAACCUGAGCUCUGAUUUGAGAACAUGGUUAAGUGCUGUGCUUGCGAAUCCGGAGACAUGCAUGGAUGGAUUCGAAGGUACAAAUAGCAUUGUGAAAGGUUUAGUAUCCACUGGGCUUGGACAAGUUAUGUCGUUGGUGAAACAUCUUCUGACACAAGUGCACCCUGUCUCGGAUAAAUUCUCAACCAAUAAUGAAGGGGAAUUUCCUUCGUGGGUUAAAGGUGGGGAUAGGAAGCUACUACAAGCAAAAGGGGUGGCUGUGGAUGCUGUUGUAGCUGCUGAUGGGACUGGGAACUACACGAAGGUGAUGGAUGCGGUGGAAGCAGCACCUGAGUAUAGCAUGAAACGUUAUGUGAUAUACAUAAAAAAAGGUGUUUACAUAGAGAAUGUUGAGAUCAAGAAGAAGAAAUGGAACAUCAUGAUGAUUGGAGAUGGUAUGGAUGCCACUAUUAUCUCCGGUAACCGGAGUUUUAUCGGCGGUUGGACCACAUUCCGAUCAGCUACCUUUGCUGUCAGUGGCAGAGGGUUCAUAGCACGAGACAUUACCUUUCAGAACACUGCAGGGCCCGAGAAGCACCAAGCAGUAGCACUAAGAUCAGACUCAGACCUCUCAGUCUUCUACCGAUGUGGAAUCUUUGGUUACCAAGACACCCUAUACACUCACACCAUGCGCCAAUUCUACAGAGAAUGCAAAAUCAGUGGCACAGUUGAUUUCAUAUUCGGAGACGCCACUGCUGUGUUCCAAAACUGCAUAAUACAAGCCAAGAAAGGCUUGCCAGAUCAAAAGAACACAAUCACAGCUCAUGGGAGAAAAGACCCAAAUGAACCAACUGGUUUCUCCAUCCAAUUCUGCAACAUCUCUGCAGAUUCUGACCUUCUGCCUUCAAUUAACUCCACUCAAACAUACCUUGGCAGACCCUGGAAGACAUAUUCACGAACCAUUUUCAUGCAAUCCUACAUGAGUAACGUGAUAAGGCCACGAGGGUGGCUAGAGUGGAAUGGAGAUUUUGCUUUGGACACAUUGUACUAUGCUGAGUACAUGAACUCUGGACUAGGUGCUGGUCUUGAUAACCGAGUUAAAUGGCCAGGGUACCAUGCAUUGAAUGAUUCUACCCAAGCUAGUAACUUCACGGUGGCUCAGUUUAUUGAGGGGAAUCUAUGGUUACCUUCCACAGGUGUAACGUACACUGCUGGAUUCACAGAUUAA